AAAUCACAUAGAUGUCGAAGUCGAACAGCAGCAUGUACCUCCUAUCCGUUUGAGAGUUCCGCACCUCUCGUCUUUCCGCCGGCCGCCGAGCAGCUCCAGAGGCGAGACGUGCUGCGUGAGCCGUCUUGGCAACAUGAACAAAGCGAGAUCAAGACAAAGACCAGCAUUUGGGCCCCACGUCACGCUCGGACCUGUCGCGUCGUGCGCCUGCGCGGUGCGUCGUGCGUGUUCAUCUCGUCGCACCAUCUAUCUCACUCCUCCUCUCACCUCUUGUCAGUCUUUACCAUCGCCGCCUCUCCUAUUCUCGCCUAUUCUCUCCCUUGCGCUCGUCCUCGCUCGACCCCGCUUGACGUCGCUAGACCUCACUUGACCCCGAACUCUCGACGCACCUCCCUCCCUCCCCUCACCUCAUGACCCGCCAGUCCAUGCCCCUCGCUCGUCCCCCGCCCACCAUCAGGCUCGUCACCCCGCACGGCGCGUCCUACUCAUUUUCUUGGGCACAGCUGAAAAAGGCCGCGCCCCGCCUCGCCGCACAAGGCGACAUAGUACACCUCCGUGACGUGCGCCUGGAGAACUGGAACGUCCUGGACCCCUUCACGAAUCUCGUGCGCACCGGCCGCGUCGCUUUCGAGUACCUGCCGCCAAGCGACGCGUUCCUCCUCGUCGAGUUCCUGCUCAAGUGGGAGGCGGGCGCGCGCUGUUCGGCGUGUGGGCGGGUGACGUCGCCCGAGCUCGCGUUCGGCCUCGCGGCCGCCGCGGGGUGCCGGCAGCGCGCGCGCGACGUGCUCGAUACCAAGGCGCUGCCCCGCCCCCUGCCGGGAUGGUGGAAGAGCCGCGUGCCCGAGGCAUACAAGAUUGCCUAUGAGCACGCAUAUGUCUCGACGGCGCAUCUCGCCGAGCAGGUCGAGGUUAUCGGCGACGUGUUUGAGAAGGCGUUCAAGUGA